AUGCCUUUGCGCAAAGGGACAUACAUAAAAGCCACACAUGUGCGAAUCAUCAAAUUCAAGGUCACCCCCUCCGAGCCCGGACCUGCAAAACGCGGGAAGUAUAAGGCGGAGAGACGUCGAGAGGUUAAUAUCGUCCGGCAGAAUAGGGCGUGCUUGCGAUGUUCGCUGUUGAAAAUUAAGUGUAAUAACAAUGAUGUGUGCAAGAAUUGCAGCGAUUUAAUUUUGAAAUCGCAAGAUAAGAAGACGCUUUCGUUUUCGGGAUGUAUUAGGACGAGACUUGUGGAAGUCAGUGUGUUCCUGGAGCCUUAUCUAGCACCACCAUCUAUUGAAGAGCAAGCCACCGGCAAAUGCAACGCUCUCUGUUUAGCCGUCAUAUCGCUUAAAUUCUCUCCCGGCGUCAAAUUGGAAUUGGACGCUGAAAUAGAUGAUUGGCAAGCGUGGUUGCGAAAAGCGAUGGAGUCUGGAGAUGUGCGAGUCGCGACCGCGCCGAAGUGUUUUGAGAGACUUGCUGCUACUACGAGUGAAGAUGAGAGAGAGCAGUAUAAGCGUAUGAUUGUUGAAGAAGCUCUUGUCUAUGAGAUGUCGGGAGCUUCGGCGGACUCCCCAGAGGGUUUUAACCAGUUCAAAGCACUUCGCCGUAAAGCCGGCCACGGGGUGCUUCAGAGCCUCGAUAACCGGUUAAGGCCGCAGUCAUUAAAGGACAACUCAUACGCAGAAUUGCAAGCGUUGUUUUUGACUGUGUUGGGCAUUGUGUUUGUGAUAAGUCACAUGCUUCCGCAUAUUGAGGACUCUAGAGUUGUUGACCAGGACUUUGAAGGUAGUGAGCAAGAUGCUUAUCAGCUAUCCUCUAAAAGCUCACACCUCUACCAAGUCCUGGCGCAUUACCUGGUGUAUCUGGGCUCCCAGCUUGGAAUUCCUUUGACGACUCAAAUGGAGCAGUUUAUUAUUCAAAAGAGGGGUUUCGAUAAACCGCAAGUUCAAGGGUGA